UGCGCGACAAUGCGCCCACGUGGCAUCAGGCAACACUAUUGUUUUGAUCCAUCGCGACGCGCAUUAUGCUGGCAAAUUGUAGGUUUUCGCGUGAAAAAUCGCUUAUUGGAGCUGGAAAAUGACCCAGAAUGGUGUGCGAAGAAGGAAGUUGGCCAUCGGCGGAGGAGUGCUCACGACGAUCGGUGUGAUGGCUUAUGAAAUAAUCCGGAUUAGGAGGCAAUUUGAUGGGCUGGUGGACACGAGUGUAAUGGAUUAUGACAGGAAGAGACCGGACUACAUCUACAUCAACUACUCCAUCUACAGGGAGUCGCUGAGGCGACUGCAGGAGGAACAAGAGGGCAAAACCUUCGUGAAUAUCAUCAGUCAUCCGAUUGAGAAGUGGUGGAAGGCAAUGAAGCACUCUGUGGCCUGGAGAUUGUUGCAAAUGGCCCAGACGUCCGAUCGCCACGACAGAAUCAAGGCAGUGCGUCAGCUGGCCCUCGUGGAUCACCUGAAGUCCUGGGACUACCAGCACUUGGCUCAGCUGUGCGACGCCAGGACAGCGGUGUCCCUGGCGCGCUCCCACUGUGAUUUGCGAUGGUUUCUGCCGCCGCGCCACUUGGGCGUCGUGAAGAACCCAAAACUCCUGCUUAAGGACAUUCACCGUCUCCUCGAGGAUGUGCAGAGCAACAAGUGUGCCGCGACACUGCUGCAGAAGACCUUCGGGAAGUACGAAUUCCAGGAGGUGUCUGCGGAUCAGGAGCUGCUCAAGUGUGGCAAAGGCUUCGCACGCAUGAAUCCAGAACUCGAGCUCCUGCGGCAGUGCAUUGACGUCCUGUCACACCUGUCAGAGUACCGCGAUGUGGCCCAGAGGAUCAUCUCCGAGGGCGGUCUCGUGCAUCUCAUGGAGAUCUACAAGAUCUUCCGCGAUCACUUCGAUAUGAGGCUCAAGAUUUGUCGUGUCAUCGCGAAUUUGAGCAUUUGCUCUAAUCGCAUUGACGACUUCUUCGUCACAGGUUGGAUCGCAGUACUUGCUCAGUGGACACGCAGUGACGAUAUGCGAAUCUGCGUCACCGCGGCCAAGACACUGAGGAAUCUCGACACGGAUGACAAUGCCUCGUGUCUGUACAAGUCCAAGAUUUACCCUCUCUAUCCGCUAUGGCGGCGCAAGAGGCGUCCGGAAGUGGACGUUGUGUUUGUGCACGGAAUCUUGGGAGGGGUUUUUGUCACGUGGCGCCAGAAGGAGGGCAUCGCUAGCGAAGGAAUGCGCCAAGGAGGAGUGAUCAAGAUGACCAAAACACCCACAAAACCCACCUUUUCGGAAGAACUCCUGGAAUCUCUCGAGGGAAUUGACAAAAACCGCGGCGAAUUGCCUGAAGACUGGGAGGUUGUCUACGAGGAUUGCCCGGAAGCUGCGUCUCACGACGCUGUGGGGCCGUUCAGUGUGUCCGGCGAGGAGUGGAAUGCACCGGAUGGCUACUCGAAUUGCUGGGCCAUGGAUUGGCUGCAGGAAUCCUUCCCGGACAUCCGCGUAAUCGGCCUGAAUUACGACUCGACGCUGUCUGAGUGGUACUCGAAGUGCCACGGCUGCGGAUGUCACAUCACGCGCGGCACGGUGGAGACGCGCGCCAGGGAGUUCCUGGAGCAGCUGGUGGCGGCGGGUGUGGGUCAAGGUGGCCGGCCAGUGGUCUGGGUGGGCCACUCGAUGGGCGGCCUGAUUGUGAAGAGCAUAAUUACGCAGGCGCUGCGCCAGGCGGAUGAGGCGGUCAGGGACAUUGGCGUGAACACGAAGGGAAUCAUGUUCCUGGGCACUCCGCAUCGUGGCACGCCCGUGGCCAAGCUGAAGCAGCACACGCAGAUGCUACUCUCGCCGACAUUGGAGGUGCGUGAAAUGGAAGAGAAUGCCAAGAGUUUGCUGGAGUUGCAUAAGGAUUUUGUGGGGAAGAUUGAGAGUUUGUGUCCUGAGGUGGAGAUUGUCAGCAUUGCUGAGGGAUUGCCGACAAUCUUGACCAGCUUUAAGCUCUCCUAUCAUGUGGUGACGGAGGAAUCGGCCAAGAUUGAGUUGGGGGACUUUUAUCGUCUCAAUGACGAUCACUUGGGCAUCUGCAAACCAUCUUCGCGGCACUCAUUUCUCUACCAGCGCCUAUUGGGGCUCAUUCAGCGAAUCCACGAGGAUCUGCAGCGGAAGUCGACCGCAUGAAAGACUGUGACGAAUAGAUUGGACCAUGACGAACACCUUUUAUUUCACGAGAGGCUUCGAGGAAAUUAGUUAGUGAAGUAAUAAUAUAUUCUAUUUAUACUGCGAA